AUGUUAUGAAAACAAUUGACUCGAGCUGCAAUUUCAUUGUAAACACUCGAUAUAUACCCACGACUUGAAACGGUUAUAAAACGACGACCUAGCCAAGCAAGUUGGCGCCUUUUUGCUGUAGCUGCUUCUCUGGUACUUUUAACACAGUAACCAUUUAGUUCUGGACCCUAGGUCCUGGAUUUUUUAUUUUGAUUAUGAAAACUCGAUCAAAAGCAAAAGCUACUUCAACGUCGACGAUGGCCAGCAGCAAUAGCUCAACAUCAUCUCAAUUGCCCGAUGAAGAAAAUCUUCGACGAUUGCGAUCUUAUCGUAUGAUAAACAUGAAAACAUCGCCCACAUCAGAGUCUAAUCGCAGAAGAAAUUCAUCACGUCUUCGAUCCUCGAACCAUCAAUCCACUGAUUCCCAUUUAAAUGAAAAUCAAUAUUCAACAACAAAUUGUCAUUCAACAACACGAACUAGAGAUUUGACUAAUUCUCCACGCAGAUCAUCGACAUCACCAAGGUCAUCACCAGUAAAGCCAAAAUCAAAAACAUCACCGACUAAACCUAAAGUCCCAUCUGAUGUUUGUAAUUUUUGUUUCACCAACAAUAAAGAUGACCAUAUGUUGGGUGAACUUGGACAUUUGAAUGAUAUCACAGCUCAUCUUUUCUGUUUAUAUUUUUCACCCGGUCUAAGUCAAAAUGGCCAACAUAAUGAAGGUCUUUGGGGUUUUCUAGUUGACGAUAUUCGUAAAGAACUUAGACGAGGUGUAUUACUCAAGUGUUCAUAUUGUGGUAAAAAAGGAGCAGUAGUUGGUUGCUCGGUACCAGAAUGUUUAAUAACAUUUCAUUUACCAUGUGGAAUACAGAAUGGAGCUUUUUGUCAUUAUCAUCAGGAACAGCAGCUAUAUCCAUCAUAUUGUCGAAAACAUUGGCCUAAACUGAAGGUACCGGCAUUUAAACGUCGAGUAUUAUGUACCGUGUGUCAAGAAUAUGUCAAAAAUUGUGAUAAUCGCGAUAAUAAUUUGCUUUAUGUUGAAUGUUGUAAUUCUUAUUAUCAUCGUGAAUGUUUGUCUAAAGUCGCUUAUCAUCAGGGUGAAUUCAAUUUAAAAUGUCCAAAUUGUAAUGAUCUGAACAAAUUUGUACCAACAUUGAAACGUGGUGGAAUAUUCGUGCCGAAUAGAGAAUCAACAUGGGAAUUAUCUGGCGAAAUGUCCUAUGAUGAUGUACGAUUUCAAUGCGAUGCUGAAGAAUGUAAAUGUGAACGUGGCCGAGAUUAUAAUGGUGAUGAUGAAUGGGAACUAUUCUCCUGUGAUCGUUGUGGUGCGAAUGCCAUACAUGUUUCCUGUGCUGGAUUCGAUGCUGGCGAAAAUCAUGAAUGGUUUUGUGAAGUAUGCCGAAAUAUAUGAAAGAUAAUUCGAAAAAAAAUCAUCGAAAAUAUUGCAAAUCAUUCAAAUUUUGUUUUCAUUUUUAUCCAUCUGUGUUAAUUUGUCUUCACAGGAAUUCAAAGCCAUAAAUUAUUAGCGAUUCCUUCUUGUUUUUCCAUUUGUACAAAAAAAAAAAAAAAAAAAUAAUAAUAAUAAUCUGUCGUCAUCUUAUUUUAAGUUCGUUAAACAAUACUAUACUUUCUCUCACAAUUUUCUUUGUUUAUUUGUUUUAUUUAAAAUCAUAAUAAUAAAGUUGUAAAACAAAAUCUGAA